AUGCUGUACACCAACAUGAUAGUGAAUGUGACGAUACACCACUGCGCCGACACGGUGGGUGGUCUCAGCCUGGCCGUUUACCAGCUGGUGCUGCUGUUCGGGGCGCCGGGCGUGCUCAUGCUCUUCUGCUACAGCUGCGUCAUUGUCGAACUCUGGAAGAGCACGCGCAGCAUGCAGGUCCUCACCAACAGCAUCAGCACAAACAGAAUUUCCAGCCGUCAAGAGAACACAUUGACAGCCUCACAAAGCAGCAGACACACAGUGACUAGAAGACGAAACAGGGCUGACACAGCACGCGCCACAAGGAAGCAGGUUAUCAAAAUGCUGAUUUUGGUAGUAGUACUUUUCCUCCUAUGUUGGGGACCAAGAAUAAUAAUGAACAUGCUUACUAAAAUUGGUCUACAAAGUUUUACUCCAACUGAGUACACAAUGAGGGUUGUGUUCAACAUCCUGCCAGUCAUUCAUGCUUGCUUUAAUCCAGUAAUAUACUCUUUCAUGUCUAAAAACUUCCGCCGUUCACUGAAAAGACAGUUUGAGACUCUUGGCUGCAGAAGAAAUUUGUCCAGACACAGGAGCAGCAGUUUCAGAAGCAGCAGAUUGCAUCAUGGCACAAUCACACAACAGACAAGCAUCAGACCGCGAUACACACUGUCCUCAUCAUCGAGCACAUACAAUGCUGAUGUCACGAGACACACUGAAAUGGAAAACACAGAUUCUGUCAACAGUACAGUGGUCUGA